AAAUCCAUUCCACCGGGAGCAGCGGCAGCAGCAGUUGCAAUGGCGGCCGUCACAGCUUCAACAGCCUCAGCAGCUUCUUACUACAGCAAAACCCUCCAUUCUCCUUCUAUUCCUCGAUUCUCUCCCACCAAAACCCUAAAAAUUCUAGCCAUGGCUCCCCAGAAAAAGGUCAACCGCUACGAUAAGAACUGGAAGAAGGAAUGGUUCGGCGCUGGGAUCUUCACCGAAGGCAGCGAGGAGAUCAAGGUCGACGUCUUCAAGAAGCUCGAGAAGAAGAAGGUCCUCAGCAACGUUGAGAAGGCGGGCCUUCUCUCCAAGGCGGAGGAAUUAGGGUUUACCCUCUCUUCGAUUGAGAAGCUAGGGUUCUUCUCCAAGGCGGAGGAAUUGGGGCUGCUGAGCUUGCUGGACAGCGUUGCGAGCUUCUCGCCCGCGACGCUUGCGUCAGUCGCCCUGCCUCUGUUUAUUGCCGCCAUUGCCGCUGUGGUCCUGAUACCGGACGACUCGGCUGCGCUUGUCGCCGUGCAGGUUGCUAUCGCUGCCGCGCUCGCGGUCGGUGCUGCCGGGCUGUUUGUCGGGUCGGUGGUGUUGGGUGGGUUGCAGGAGUCGGAUUAGUGGGAAUUUUGUAGAUGUCUGUAAUGUGUUUGUUUGAUGGUUCUUUUUUUCUUAUAUAUGAAUAUAUUGAAUUGAAUAUGUAGAGAGGAAAUGUAGAUGGCAUGAAUUGAAUAUCAUGAAAAUUUACACUGAUUAAUUGUGAAAUUUU